UUUCAGCGAACCGUUUGAGAUGAAACCGAUCCUGGCCUCGGCACUCACCGUCGUCAAAGGCAAACAUUCCUCCCUAGAUGUAGUACGAGUGGAGACACGUUCUCGGAUAAUGUACUCGUUCCUGUCGGUGGGCUGGGGCCUCAUCUCGGACAUCGACAUCGAGAGCGAACGGUUGCGGGCCAUCGGGGGUCAGCGGUUCACUCUCUGGUCCGUCCACCGGUUGAUCAGCCUGCGUACCUACCAGGGCAAGGUGUCCUACAUUCCGGCGCUGGUUAGCCAUUACAAUCGAUCGAAUUCGCUGCCCCGGGAUGGUGUUGGGGGCGGUGGGGGAGGCGGAGGAGGAUUUGGAAUUGGCGGUGGAGUUGGGCAGCUGAAGCAUAGUAUAAGUUACAAUACGACGCUGGAUUGUCACGACUGUAGUCGAGGGGGAGAUGUGCAGGAUGGGCACAAUAACUGUGAUGCAUGUGACACAAACUUUAGCGAUGUUUUGUCGCUGGAGACGGGUAGCAAUCUCGAGACGUUCCGGCCUAGGAUAGACAGUUGGUACUCGGCGACUUCGCGGAAGAGUACAUACUUUUCGACCGUGGAUAGCCUGUAUGAAAGUGAUCGCGCUUCCAACGAUGGUGGUACCCAAAUGGGUGGAGGAGGGGGUGAUAGGAUUGCCCAGAUGUAUGGACCACCUUCCCGGUUGCCAGCCGUUACGGCCCCGCUUACGAUGGAAAACUGGAAGACCAUCAGCGGAGACUUUGUGAUGGUUCAUGCAGCCUACCAAACGCACCUCAGUACGGACUGUUUCUUCGCCCCGCGAUCGAAGCUCAACGACGGAGUCAUCUGGUUGGUGAUAAUCCGCGGAGGAGUCGGCAGGGCCCAGCUGCUUUCGUUUAUGUUAGGUUUAAGUAGUGGGACGCACAUACCCAAUCGUGAGAACGAAUACAUUCAGAUGAUCCCGGUGACGGCGUUCCGAAUCGAACCGAGCGGGACCACCGGGCACAUGACGGUGGACGGUGAAAAUGUAGAGUACGGACCGAUUCAGGCCGAAAUAUUCCCAAGUCUGGCCAAAGUGAUGGUGCCCAAGUAAAACUUGGGCGAACGAUUAGAUUUAGUUGUAUCUCAAUUUGUUUCAUUUAAGUGUACACAAACCAAUUGUGGAAGAAGUGGUUAUUUAGCAGUGGUUGUUUUCGUUACUGGUUAAUUGAUUUGUAAAUAGUUAAACCCUCGGAGUUUCGAUAUUUUGAGAAAUAAAAUAUACAUUUUUUCCGAAAGCAUGAAACAAAGCCAAAUUUGAAAAAUUACUUGCAUCUAUGUUUAUACGGAAAUUAGAAAAAAAAAACUGUUGGGAUCGAGUAUUGACAUCCGUUCAACGUGAUUUGUUAUAGGAAAACCUGAACCCGGAAAUGAAAUUUAAUUUUAAAUAUUCAUCUAUAAACGUUAGGGAGGCAGCGAAAAUGGUUAUUUCGAAUUUCAAAGACCGACUUUUUUCAUUUUUAAUUGACCCAAAACAUUGACCUGUGAAAAAUUCCGGAUCAAUCGGACUCGAUUUAGGGAUGCCUCAAAGCGUUCAAAGUUUCGUUCACUUAAGAGAAGCCAAAGGAUAUCUGGAAAAUCUAAUUUUAAAGCCAAACGACUGAAAAACAUAAAAAAGAUCUGGUGUUCUUUCGAUCACAAUGUUUUGAGCGCUUUUGGGAACCCAUAAAUUAUUUGAAGCUUCAGUAAAUAUUUAAUACAAGCACUAAAUUUUUCCGAUUGACUUCAAAUUUUGCACGUCAGUGUUUUGGGCCAAUUAGCAAAAUGUAUACCUAUGCUCGGUUUUUGAAAUUUGAUGAUAAAAUUUUCUCAUACAUCCAUUGUCAAACUGAGAAUCCAAAAUUGUACGCAGUUUCCCCGGAAAUCUUCAAAAAUACAAUCAAGAAACUUCAAUGGUCCAUGUUUUUUUUAGAGAAAAAUGGAUCAUUAUCCUUAUUUAAUAAAAAAAAUAGUAGAAUAGCCGUAUUCGUCAAGUCGAAAAUGUAUUCAAAUUCCAAACAAAAAAUAAAUAACUACCCAUUCUUUUUUCAUUUGUCGUUUUCCGGUGGAACUGCUCGAAACAGUCACUUGAUUGAUUUCAUGUUAAUUGCACCGGAACCGGAAACUGACGUACGUUUAGGAGACAACCAUCUUAAGUUUUUUUAAAAUUCGAGUGAAUCGUUUAAAGAAUAAGAGAAAAGCUAUAUAAAUUUACACAAAAUCCUCAAAAAUGAUCGGCUCAUAAUCAUUAUCAAAUUUCUGCUACAACAAAAGUCAUGAACAACAAAUAAAAGCAAUUUCACCAGGUACUUUAAUGACUAAAUUUAAACACAAAAAUACCAAAAAAAAUACCAACAAUACCAUCAGCAAAACGGAUCAAUUACUACCAACUAGCGAUAAGAGUUUUUAACCUGUACAUCUUAGAGAAUACCAUUAGACAACUACUUGUAACAUUCGCGCAAAUAUAUGGGAAAUGAAGAAUCAAACAACACACAUAAAAAAAUCUUCUAAAUUACAUAAACGAUAACUCUCUCAACAAAAUCGAGACCUUAGCUCUCCGGAAACCGAUCCACUAGAAGAUUCAAAGCUAACAAUAUUAAUUUUAAUCACACAUAUGAAAAUUUAAAAUUGGGAAAAAAAAACAAAACUAUAAACUUAACUACUAAGUAGAUCUUGAAUGUGGCAAAAUUGAUCCUCAAACAUACCUAACUAGGCGUACUUUUAUGAAUAUCUAUCACAAAAAAUGAAGGUAGAGCUCCCAAAUCGAUUAACAAACAAAAACUAACUUUAAGGUUGUAGAUUUUUCUAUCGAAUACUGUUUUUCGUUUCUGUCUUAAAUUCAAUUUGAACAAUCGGUUGGCGCUAAUUUUAAUAAUUAUUGUUAUCUAGUCUGUAACAUUAAAGAAAAAUAAACACGUGAAAAAAACGAAGUAUUAGCAAUCGAACAAAGCUCAAUUCCGAACCUAUAAGUAAAACGCGCGCUGUUCUUAGCUGACUAAUUUCUGUAUAGGAUCCACCACUGUUAUUGAAGUUAGGAUACAAAGUUAAAUUUUCUAAAACUAGCACAAUACUUUCGGUAAAUAUUGUUGAUUUAUAAUAAGAAUUUGGAAAUGCUUGUUUAGGUCGAUGCUUAUCGAAAAGAAACAAAAAUCGCGUAGCGAAAAUUGAUUUCACAGCUCAAAAACCUUAAUUGAUUUCCGACGAAACGUACCGUUUGUUCUGUAAGCAGCUAGAAUUGAGGCAAUAAUUUACAUUUGUUAAUGCAAAGCUUAAGCACGUUAAUCAUCUAUCGAAUUUUCUGUUAUUCGACAACAACAAAAAAAGCCCUGAAACGAUUCCGGAGUUCGAAGAAGCGGGUGGAAAUAAAGUUAUUGAAUUUAAAUAAAACAAA